GGACAAUUCGAUUGCCAGCAGCAGCAGCAGCAACAGCAGCAGCAGCAGCAGCAGAGACUACGUCCCACAGGGAUGCCCAAUCGAGACCUGCCGGAAUUCAGCAUCGCCUUUUUGCAGCGGAAACGUUAAAGGCAGCAACUGCAGCAGCAACUGUAGCAGCAGCAGCAGCAACAGCAGCAAGAGCAGCAGCAACAGCAGCAACAGCAGCAGCAGUAGACUUCGUGGCCUUGCUUGCCGUUCCGUUUGUAGCUGAGCCUCCUGAAGCAGCUGCAGCAGCAGUUACUGCAGCAAGUGCAGCGACACAGCAAACAGCUCCAACAACAGCAGCAGCAGCAGCAGCAGCUGUAGGGAAAAUGGGGCAGCAGAAGAGGCCGAGGAGUUCGGCCGAUAGCAACCCAGCAGCAGCAGCAGCAGCAGCAGCGUCAGACGCGAGCUGCAGCAGCAGCUCGGCGCCUGAGGCGCAGGGCGUUGAGCAGCAGCAGGAGCAGCAGCAGCAAGACGGAGCAGCAGCAGGAGGAGAAGCAGCAGCAACGUUUGCUUCUUUGGGCCUGUGUCGGGAGAUGUGUGCAGCAGCAGCAGCAGCAAAAUGGGAACGCCCCACAGCAGUGCAGCAGCAAGUAAUUCCGUUGGCGCUGCAGCAGCUGCAGCGGCUGCGGGGUGUACGUACAGUAGAGCAGCGCGACGUAAUUGCUGUUGCUGCUACAGGCAGCGGGAAGACAGGGGCUUUCGUGCUGCCGCUGCUGCAGCACUUGCUGCAGCACGGCAGCAGCA